CCAGUGCACAGUUUCCGCGUCGCAGCACACAGACUUUGUUGUAUGAAAUCUUUGUGCAACGUUGUUGUUGUGAGUGCAGGAUAGCUACUGGAUAUACCUGUUCCGUUGUCUAGCCAGCUACGGUAGCCAGCUUGCUAGGCAGAGAGAAAGUGUCAAAGGGAGGAAGCUUUCUUGUUCUUGCCUUUUUGGCAAUAAAACUCAUUAAUAUAUACAUUUCUCUUCCCAGAUCUUCCUGUCCUGACUCCUGACCAUGCCUAAGGAAGAUGACGAAGCGGCUGCGGCCCGUAGGAGAGCCCGUCGUGAUCGGACCAAGAGUCCUGCCCCAGAACAAGAUGACGACAGUGAAGAAGUAACAGCAACAAGACGCAAGAGUUAUGCCAAUAUUUCGGCAUCGAAACUCAUGGAAAGUCUCCAGGCCACCAGUGAGGCUCCCAUUACACGACUACGACGAGGCCAGUCCACAGACGGAACACAAGAAAAACAAAAACCCAGUGGACGGCGUACUCCCGGCAGGACCAUGUCGGCUCAGGCAUCGCGGGCAAAUCCUCGUCGAAUGCGGAGUGGAGAUGCCGACAUGCUGUCUCAAUCCAUGAUGGAAAAUACCCACGGUGAUAUGGAUGGCUCCAACAUGUCUGCAUCUGCUUCCAGAAGGAGAGGGCCACCACAGAGAACCCGAUCCGCGGAUAACUGCCUUCCCAGAGGAGUCACUCAACGAACGCCUCGUGCCCGUCGAAGGCCGGAACGACAAGAUUCUGUCGAAGCCGACGAAGACGGAAUGAUGUCUUCUUCUCGCCGUAGACCUCCUGGCCGAACUAAAUCUGUCGAUGCCAUGCCACCCCGUGGUGCGGGGGCUCGGGCUGCUCGCUCAGGACGUCGAAGGCCCAAUUUGGAUGAUGACGAUGAUGAUGUCAUUAUCUCGGAUUCAAGUGAAGAAGAAGAGGAGGAGGAUUUGGAGGGUAAUAGACACAGCAAUCACCUUGAUCGAUCCAGUGCGUCAACUGGAGUUUCCAGCCGCAGAGGAAUCCCCCGGAGAACUAGAUCGACCGAUUCUGGUGGAGUCCCAACCACUAGGGGACAACGUACAGCGAGAACCGCCCGUCGGAGACCCAGCGCGGAACGGAGCGAUGCUUCCCCCAAAAGGUCGGGAGGACCGGGUUUUCAGAGAAGCCUCACUGCAGCUCCUGGAUCGGCAUCUGGUUCUGGUCCAGGACUUCAUAGAAGCAACACAGCGACCAAUCCUAGAAGUAGGAAUCGUGGAGGCAGAAAUACAGCAGCGGAACUAGCUCAAGUUUCAGUUUCGAACAGAGAAAGAAGUCCCGAUCCCUCUAUCGUUUCUUUCGAAGGAAACGACAUGGAGAGUGCAAAGGAAAGCUUAAAACAACUUGGAUCCAAGCACUCCGUAAGCCCGAUCAAAUCGAGGCAGGAACGACGUCACUUGCGAGAGGCUAAGGAGCGUGAGGCAUUAGAGCGACGAAUACCUCAAAAGGCACCUUUGGACGACGAAGAACCAGAACCAUUGGUGGCAGAAAAGAAGGAAGAGCCGUGGAUGCGACGAUUAAAGAAGAGUGGUGGUGCCUCAAAAUCGGCAGAGGAUUCUUUCAGUUUCGAUGAAGCCGUUCGUCAAAAGGCUGAUGUAUUCAACAGUAGUCAAGACAAGGGUUUCUUUCCUACGGACCCAACAUUUGGGGUUUUUGCUGCAGGAGAGCCCCUUACCGAUAUGAAUUCCAGCUUUGAGAACGGAGAUGGGAGUGAAGACGCAAUGGUUUCAAUUAUGGAAACAAAGCAGAAAAACAAGCUAGAUUUCUCGUCCAUCUCGUGAUCGGAUCGAAGCAAAUUCCCGUCUUACGAUUCGAUUGAGGCUAGCACACUAACAAUACAUGAAUACUGAAGUGUGAAAGCGUUGUUUAGAAAAGGAGCGUUGACCCGUCGCCACUUCGACACACCACUACAUGUGCCGGUAUAGUUUCGACUAGCCAGGCUCGACUCUAAUGGGAAGCUAGUAGUAGCUCGUAAUUCCAGCUAGAAAUUCUUUACCUUGUUCAUGCUGUGGAGCCAGAACACAAAAACAUAUCUGUAUCAUUAUUAUCGUUUCGUGAUUAGCGCACGGGAUGUGUCGGCUUCUUAAGUCCUCCUCCUCUUGCCAGCUUUUUGCUCAGCCUCUUUCAAGUCCUCCUCCCACUGCUCUCUCACCAAUCUAAACAGCUGCAUUGUAGCCCAAGCAUCUUGUAUGGAA